GUGUGUGUGCCUUGCAGGAGGAGCCAUGGAGACUAGGGCAGGGUUCUGACUCUCGUCGUCUGCUGCUGGGUUGUCCUGCUGCCACCACCACAAUGGAAGGGGACACGGAGCCAACCUUCAAGAGCCCGCAGGACGAGGCGGCCUUCUAUCGAGAGCAAGCUGUCGAGUACGAGGCCAAGUGGCGUGAGGCCCAGCUGGAAUUGGAGGAGUUCCAGGCAAGCAGCCGAGACCUGGAGGCGGAGCUCGAGACCCAGCUGAAGCAGUACGAGGCCUCCAACCGGGAGCUCAGGGCAAUGGUCACGCGCCUGCAGGCAGACAACGAGGGACUGCAGGAGAAGCUUCAGCAGAGCAAGCAGGAGAGUUCGCGGCACGUGCUCGACCUGCAGACUCAGCUGGAGGAGGUCACUGCCUCCCGGGAGGAGAUGCACAACUACAUCCGCGAGCUGGAGCAGUCCAAUGAUGACCUGGAGCGCGCCAAGCGGGCGACUGUGGCAUCCUUGGAGGAAUUUGAGUCCAAGCUGAACCAGGCAAUUGAGCGCAACGCCUUCCUCGAGAGUGAGCUGGACGAGAAGGAGGCCAUGAGCUUCAUGGUGCAGCGGCUCAAGGAUGAGGCACGAGACCUGAAGCAAGAGCUGAUGAUCCAGCAGAGCGUGCACAAGGAGCAGACGGCGCCCUUUGUGCCAGACUCUCCGUCGCCACUGGUGCAGCGCCGGGAGUCCAUGGGGUGCACACCACUGAUUCCACCCAGGGCCCUAGCGAGCAGCCGCAUCCCAGGGAUAGCCGACUCCAACCGACUUGCCACGGAUGGGGCAGCCAGGGCAGCCAGCAAUGGGACAUCGCAACAGCCACCAGCGGGUAUGUGCUCCUCCGGCCAGACACCACUGACGCCCUCGGCACGUGUCUCGGCCCUCAACAUUGUCGGCGACCUCCUGCGCAAAGUUGGUACCCUGGAGUCCAAGCUGGCGUCGUGCCGAAACUUUGUCAAGAGCCCCCAGAAGGAGGAAGCCGAUGGAGGGACAGCGGUCACUGCAAUGGGAAGGACCCACUUGAAGCAGCGGGCAUUGUCAAGUCCGCAAGAAUUUGUACCACUUGCGUUCUAGCCAGCUUGCAGCUGACGUGCAGCGCAAGGGGCGAGAGGACACGUCAUUGUGUGCAUGUUUAGCUCUGCUCCCCUCACGUGGAAAUAAAAAGCACUUUCGAGGGGAGCACCGGCCGGUCCUUCCAGCAGAGCAGCUGUUUUCAUGUUGCACAGAGCUUGCCUCCUUUCAUUCCAAACUGCACCUCGAUAUAUUUUGGGCAGUGUAAAGCCACAUCGCUGCUAAGCAGCAUAUUUUGUUAUUUAUGUUUCAAACUCAUUGUGCUUUACUGAUCAGGUGUGUCAUUAAACAUGCUAGCUGAAGAUUGAACCAGUGUGUAACCAGUAAACAGUAUACACAGUGGCAAUUUGCAGUCCUUGCAAGAUAUGUUUCAAUACUCUCACAGUAUUUUGUACAGGAGGCACCUGUUUCUUUUUCUUUUUGGUUUUAAAUCAGCUUGUGUCUGUCUGUGGCCGAAAGAAGUUAGUCUGAAUGGGUACUGUACCCAGCUCGUUUCAUUAAUUUUUGCCCGAGGGUAAAUGGGGCUUAGGUACAUACAGGUGCUUUAUGAUUAAAUAUUUAUAUAGUACGUGUUAAAUGGUCUUGGCACUGAGUGUUUUGAACAUUUGAAUUCGUGAUGUACAAACAGCAACAAUAAACUGCAAUUGAAGCUA